GCACCAAGGCCUUGCCGCUUUCCCUUCUGCCUGCUGUGGACAGCUGUGACUUCCAGCUUCAGGAUGGAAGCUCCACUAACAGCUAGCCAGAUCCGGCAACGGUUUAUUGACUUCUUCAAGGAAAAUGAGCACACCUACGUGCACUCCUCUUCUACCAUCCCCCUGGACGACCCCACGCUGCUCUUUGCCAAUGCUGGUAUGAACCAGUUCAAACCCAUCUUCCUCAACACUAUUGACCCCUCGCACCCGCUUGCUAAACUGAGCAGGGCCACCAACACUCAGAAGUGCAUCCGAGCAGGGGGCAAGCACAACGACCUGGACGAUGUUGGGAAGGAUGUCUACCACCACACCUUCUUCGAGAUGUUGGGCUCCUGGUCCUUUGGGGAUUACUUCAAGGAACUUGCUUGUAAACUGGCACUGGACCUUCUCACCAAGGAGUUUGGCAUCCCUGCUGAAAGGCUCUAUGUCACUUACUUUGGUGGCAACGAGGCUGCAGGACUGCAGCCAGACCUGGAAUGCAAGCAGAUAUGGUUGAAUUUGGGGUUGGCUGAGAGCAGGAUUCUGCCUGGCAAUAUGAAGGACAACUUCUGGGAAAUGGGAGACACGGGUCCCUGUGGCCCUUGCAGCGAGAUCCACUAUGACCGGAUCGGGGACAGAGACGCUGCCCACCUGGUCAAUCAGGAUGACCCCAACGUCCUGGAGAUCUGGAACCUGGUGUUCAUACAGUUCAACAGGGAAGCUGAUGGGACACUGAAACCUCUUCCCAAGAAAAGCAUCGAUACCGGGAUGGGCCUGGAGAGACUGGUCUCAGUGCUGCAGAACAAGAUGUCCAACUAUGACACUGACCUUUUCCUUCCUUACUUUGAAGCCAUCCAGAAGGGCACGGGUGCCAGGCCCUACAUGGGGCGGGUUGGCGCCGAGGACGCCGAUGGCAUCGACAUGGCCUACCGCGUGCUGGCUGACCACGCACGGACCAUCACGCUGGCCCUCUCCGACGGGGGCAGACCUGACAACACUGGCAGAGGGUACGUGCUGAGGCGGAUUCUCCGGCGGGCUGUGCGCUACUCCCAUGAGAAGCUCAAUGCCCCCAAGGGUUUCUUUGCUACUCUGGUUGAUGUAGUGGUGCAAUCACUGGGAGAUGCCUUUCCUGAGCUGAAGAAGGACCCAGACAUGGUGAAGGACAUUAUCAAUGAAGAAGAAGAUCAGUUCCUGAAAACACUCAGCAGAGGACGUCGCAUCUUGGACAGGAAGAUCCAGAGCCUGGGGGACAGUAAAACCAUCCCUGGUGAUACUGCCUGGCUGCUCUACGACACCUACGGAUUCCCUGCGGAUCUCACCGGGCUGAUUGCGGAGGAGAAGGGCCUCGUGGUGGACAUGGAGGGCUUUGAGGAAGAGAGGAAAAAUGCUCAGCUCAAAUCCCAGGGCAAAGGUGCUGGAGGGGAAGACCUACUCAUGCUGGACAUCUAUGCUAUUGAAGAGCUACGGGCCCGAGGGCUGGAGGUGACUGACGACUCGCCAAAAUACAGCUACGCUUCAGAUCUGAGUGGUACCUAUGAUUUCGGGAGUCUCGUGGCCACAGUGAAAGCCAUCCGCAGGGAGAAGAAGUUUGUGGAGGAGGUGUCCACGGGCCAGGAAUGUGGGAUAGUGCUGGACCAGACCUGCUUCUACGCCGAGCAGGGCGGGCAGAUCUAUGAUGAGGGCUACAUGGUGAAGGACGAUGACAGCAGGGAGGAUAAAACAGAAUUCACUGUGAAGAACGUGCAGGUCCGAGGAGGGUAUGUGCUCCACAUUGGAACUCUCUAUGGGAGCUUGAAAGUAGGAGAUCAGGUCCACCUGUCUAUCGACGAGACCAGACGGAGGCCGGUCAUGAGCAACCACACGGCCACCCACAUCCUCAACUUCGCCCUGCGCUCGGUGCUGGGGGAGGCCGACCAGAGGGGCUCCCUGGUGGCACCCGACAGGCUGCGGUUCGACUUCACUGCCAAGGGAGCCUUGUCCACCCAGGAGAUCAAGAGAGUCGAGGGGAUCGCCAACCAGAUGAUCGAGGAGGCAAAGGUGGGUGUGGCUGCCAC